AUGGCUCGGGCGUGCGGGCUGGGCCUGCUGCUGGCGCUGCUGCUGCCCAUGGUCAGCGCCUCCAUGCCGGGCACCGUGGUCAGACUCAACAAGGCGGUGCUGAGCUCUGUGUCUGAAAUCGGAAAAGCCCCUCUCCAGCGGGCCCUGCAGGUCACUGUUCCGUAUUUCCUGGACCAGAGUGGAGAGGGGCUUCAGCCCACCAGGAUCCAGAUUCUGAAUGUCCGUGUGUCCCGCCUCGACCUGAAAUUCAUUGCUGAUUUGGGGGUACACUUGUUGGCAGCAGCCAAUUUUACUUUCAAGGUCUUUCGGAUCCCAGAGCCCCUGGAACUGAGGUUGCCUGUGGUACUCCAGGCCGACGCCCGUGUGGCCCAGGGCUCCAUCGGGACCCCCGUGGUCAGCAUCUCCACCUGCUUCUCACUCUUCGACAAUGCCAUCGCGUUUGAUGGCAGUAACAGCUCGACCCCCGCACUGCUGGUCCCACUGCAGCAGCACAUCAACGCCGUCCUGCGCAACAAGCUCUGCCUGAGCGUCUCCAGCCUGGUGCAGGGCCUCAACGUCCACCUGGGCACGUUAAUUGGCCUCACCCCUGUGGGUCCCGAGUCGCAGAUUCGCUACUCCAUGGUCAGUGUGCCCAGCAUCACUGACGACUACAUCUCCUUGGGUCUCAACGCUGUUCUCUUCCUGCUGGGCAAGCCCAUCGUCCUGCCCGUGGAUGUCACCCCCUUCACACUGCCACAGCAUGUGGGCAUCGACGGUGCCAUGGCAACCGUGGGCCUCUCCCAGGACCUGUUUGACUCUGCCCUCCUGCUGCUGCAGAAGGCUGGUGCCCUCAACCUGGACAUCACAGGGCAGCUGAAUUCGGAUGACAACCCGCUGAACACCUCCGUGCUGGGCCGGCUCAUCCCCGAGGUGGCACGCCAGUUCCCACAGCCUAUGCCUGUGGUGCUCAAGGUGCGGCUGGGUGCCAAGCCCGUGGCCACACUCCGUGCCAACAACGCCACACUGCAGCUACAGCCUGUCGUGGAGGUCCUAGCUCCAACCUCCAACUCGGCUUUCCAGUCGCUCUUCUCCCUCGAUGUGGUAGUGAACCUGAGCCUCCAGCUCUCCGUGUCCAAGGUGAAGCUUCAGGGGACCACGUCUGUGCUGGGGGCCAUCCAGCUCAGCGUGGCCUCCUCCAACGUGGGCUUCAUUGACACGGAUCAAUUGCACACACUCAUGGGCACUGUGUUCGAGAAGCCUCUGCUGGACCACCUCAAUGCUCUCUUGGGCAUGGGGAUUGCCCUCCCCAAUGUGGUCAACCUCCACUACAUCACUCCUGAGGUCUUUGUCUACGAGGGCUACGUCGUGAUAUCCAGCGGACUCUUCUACCAGCGCUGA